CUCUUUUUACGGACAUAGCCCGCUGUAUUGAAGUCCCGGUGUCAGCAUUUAAUGUCCUGUAUUGAUUUUAUGUUUGGCUCCCUGAAGCAACAGGAGGCGUCUCAUCUACGCGGCGCCAGCGCGCUGCCCCGUAAACACGUUGUAGCGGCGCACGGGGAGGACGGUCCUCGGGGGGCGUGAUGGGAACAAACACACCAACGGGAGAUACAGAGUGAGCGGAAAAACGGCACAACCUCUCACGUUCAGCCAAAGGCCCAGUGGACGAAAAAGGGGGAGUAUUUCGUGUUGUGGCGGGGAGGAAUGUGCGGACCCUCUCGGUCCCGCCGGUAGGUGCACGGAAGGGAGGCUCGCGUGAACUUUAGCUGCAGCCCACUCGCACGCUCGCCGCCGGGGGGGAGAUGCGGGCUGCGUGGCCCGGGCAGACGCCGCAGUCUCGGGGCCUCGUCUCCGCCGCGGGAAGAAGGCCGGCGGGCGCCUGGUGGCUCGUCUUCCUCCUCUUCCAAGAGACCUGGGGCCUACACAUUCAGAACAAGCUGCUGGUUAAAUGCCUGCAGGUGGAUGGAGGCAGAGUGUCUCUGGGCGAUUGCAGCCCGCAUUCGGCCUUACAGGAAUGGCGUUGGCUCCCGGGGAGCCGGGCUCUCCGCAAUCACCACACCGGGGAGUGCCUGACCGCACCGAGAGAGCAGUAUGAAGGUGUCCAACUGCAGCCCUGCGUCUUAAGACCGGAGAGUGUCCAGACUGACACCGGGGGCGACGUGGCGGAUACGGGCAGAGAGGCGAGCGGCCAGGCGUGGUUCUGUUCCAAGAGGGGCCACCUCACUUUGGUGGAGAGGGGGCUGCACCUUAGUGCAACGCAAGAAUCCACUUUGGUCUUCCUUUCAAGAGAACAUAAGCAGCCUGGCAGCAGGUGGCGAACACUUGACAACCAGACCCUGUGCAAUGGCAGAGACAACCAACACAAAUCUCACCACAAUCUGGAGAAAUCGUUGGCGUCUGGGAUUUUUCAAAGUGCCAUCUCUGACAUAAAGGCUAACCCAUUUGAAGUCACAGACACGUAUCCUGCAAUGAAUGUGCCUCUGUUGUCGCCAAGCAACAAAUCCACUGCAGAUCUGACUGGAGUUUCCUUCAGUACGGACAAUGGAAUGGGCUGGAAGAUCACCAUGCUGGCAUUAAGCUCCUUGGCUCUGGUCAUCGGGAUUGUGAUUCUUAUGCUCAAUGUUCACUCCAACAGAAGGAAGAAAGUGGUGUGUGUUUUGAAGUCGUACUCUCCGAGGCCCGAGAGGAGCGCUCCCGGGUCCCCGGUGCGCAGUGACCGAGCCUUGCUGACCGAGCACGCCAUGAGACUCCCGCAGUCGUCCCCGGCUGUCCAACGAGGAGAAAUCCUGAUCGAGUGGAAGGACGGCACUGUCACUCCACUGUACGAGGCCUGAAGGCUGCGCUGUUCAGCCACGCCGCCGCCCCUUGUGCAAAGUGAAAUUCUGCCCGGGGAGAAGAGCAGAAUACGGUUACAGCUCACGGAUCACAAGCAGGCUGUUUCUGUUUGACUCGUCCACCACAGGAAGAUGCACGCUGUCGUGAAGUGUGAGCUAGACUUUAAGCUUUUAAAAGUCCUUCGGUGUUUGAGAUCAAAGGGAUUUGUUAUUGGAUGAAAGCAUUCAGCAAUUGUUUUCUAGGCUUACUUUAAUUACAAUUCAAGGGCUCGACCAAGUAACUCGUAGCUUAACGCCUGUAGUUGGGUAAAUACUCGGCAAACUAAUGUAUGGUCAGCUAUGACUGCAUGACCAUCAUGUCCCAGUAAUGUUCAACACCUGUGAGACGAGCUCAGGUGGCCUGUUUCAUAAUUCCCUGACUUAACAUGUCUUGGCUCUUGGCGCGCACACCCGUCAUGCAGGAAUGAUUCAAGGGAAAUAUAAUUGCAGUUGUUUUGCAAGUUUGUGGAGGAUUUUUAGGUGGCAGCGGUUUUCCAAGAAACCUAGAUUAAAAUCUUAGAUCUAGUUCAUAUGACAAAUGACAAUAGUCUUAACACGGUGCAAUCCAGUAGUGUGGUGCACUUAGCUUACUAACAUCCCAUCAUUGGAAUUUGAAAGGCGUGCUUAUAGCGUUGAUUUGAGCUUUUCAGUUCCUCUCAACCUUGGAAACAGCCGUUGACAAAAACGACCUUUGCUCAAAGUCCACUUGAGCUUUUUAAGCUCACCGCACAUCUUCAUAGGCCGGUGACAUAAUUUAACUGUAAAGAUGAUGAUGAUGAUGUUAAAAGCUGCAGAACCAGUUUUUGACUGAGAAUUGUUUUGUUAACAAUUAUUAACUUGUUUUUAUGUGUAUGUGUCAAUCAUUUGUGAGAAAUGUGUUAUUUUCAUUCUGUAAAAUGGCUAAUAAAAUGUGUUAUUUUCUACCAUCAGCGCAUCAGCCAGUUGCUGAUAAAAUCACCAUUUCCUUCAGACAGUCUGCAGGAAUUCAGUAAUCACAUAAAUGUUGAGCCUGUGUUGACGGUUGUGAGGCUUCUUGGAAAACACGGCCUUCCCCGUGGCACGGAAACCUCCAGCGGGAGGAGUCCGCUUACAACGGCCAACCAAAGGGCGUGUUCUGUUUUGUGAAGGAGAAGCCUAGGUGUUGUUCGGGUAGGUCAAUUUAAUCUCUCCUUCAUUUUUACAUACCAAGCGUGUGGGGACAAAACCCAGCCUGAAGGAGCGUCCAUGUACACCUGAUAAUUUGUGCUUUUAAUAACAUUUUUGCACACCAAACCUACAGAGACACCCUUCCCUCCCCUGCUGGUAGUGUUUAUCCUAAUGAGAGGGAGCAGUUUAAUGAACAACACAUAGCACCACUCUUAACAACAUCCACAUGAAAAAAACAGAUUCUUUUCUGUCUCUUUCAAAAUAAUUGACAUUGGCUUGUGUGUAAACCAAACGGUAACAACACUGGCUUGACGUUGUACUUUGAUCUUCGUAGUAGACGUGCUAAACAUCAUUAUGUAGUUCAUAUUUGUUUGAGGACUUUUUUUUCCUUUCAUGUUAUAGGUGGAUACUCCACUAUUUGUAUUCCAAAUAAAGCGAUACAUACGCGGGUGUGCUGACUUACUGUAA